AUGGCUGGCCAGCGUAACCGUGUAAAAGUCUAUAUCAGAGAGGAAGAUGAGACAUGGGAACCAAUAGGUACAGGAGAAAUAUCCUCCAAGUACAUCGAGCGCCUUCAGGGAGUUUGUCUUCUUGUUCACUCCGAAGAAGAUGGCUCGCUAAUUCUACAGUCCAAGAUACGUGGGACUACAAAUUAUCAGAAGCAAAAGGGACUGCUAAUUAUCUGGUCCGAAUCUGAAGACCAUGGUACGGCGCUAAGCUUUCAAGACCCGAAAUGUUGUACAGAUAUCUGGGAGGAUAUCUGCUUAGUUCAAGGUAAAGAUCCAUCUCUGGAAAAUACACAGGGGUUUUGGGAUGAUUCAGUAAACAACCAUGGAAUGCUACCAAUCAGUUAUCUCCCUGAGCUUCCAACCUGUGAAGUUGCUACCCUGGGUCAAAUUGCAGAUUUAAUUGGUUCUGUUUCCACCUCAAAUAUCCAAAGGGAAAGACUGGCUCUAAUCUUGGAAAGUGAAGAUUAUAUUAAACAACUAAUGAAGAUCUUUCAUACUUGUGAGAAUCUUCAGAAUACUGAAUGCUUACACCAUUUAUAUAACAUUAUUAAAGGCAUCUUAUUCUUUAAUAAGACUUCACUAUUUGACAUCAUGCUGUCUGAUGCAUAUAUUAUGGACGUUAUAGGGUGCCUGGAAUAUGAUCCCUGUUUGCCUGAGCCAAAAAGGCAUAGGGAAUUCUUAACCAAAAGUGCGAAGUUUAAGGAAGUUAUACCAAUAACAGACUCUGAACUAAGACACAAAAUACACCAGACAUACCUAGUGCAAUAUAUUCAUGACAUUCUUCUGCCUGUGCCAUCAAUCUUUGAUGAAAACCAUCUUUCCACCUUUACAACAUUUAUUUUUGCCAGAAAGGUUGAUAUUGUUAACAUGCUACAAGAAGACAAAAAGGUUUUAUUUGAAGUUUUUGCACAGUUAAAGGAUAAGACAACAGAUGAUGAAAAACGACGUGAACUGUUACUUUUCUUCAAGGAAUUCUGUGAAUUUUCCCAAGCAUUACAGAAUCAAAACAAGAUUGCACUAUUCCAAACAUUGAUACAACUUGGAAUCAUACCUGCUCUUAAAAUUGUAAUUAACAUGAAGGAUUUUCAAAUGAAGUCAAUGGCUACAGAUAUACUUACUUAUCUAGUGGACUAUAAUCCAUUCAUGGUCCAAAAAUGUGUCAUGGAGGAAGUUGAAGAAGGAGAAGAGAACGAACUCACCGUUAAUAUACUAAUUCAACAAAUGAUCCAUGAUACUGAUCCUGAGCUUGGAAAUGCCAUUAAUUUGAUGGUACUUCUUCGUUCUUUACUCAACCCAGUGAACAUGCUAGUAACGCCUGAUGAGUGUGAAAGAAUUGAAUUUCUGAAUUUCUUCUAUAGAUAUUGCAUGCAUAAUUUGAUAGCACCACUUUUAUGCACCACUUCAGAAGACAAAGAUGAUCUAUUUGAAUCUGAUGAAAACAAAUAUUGCCUUAACAAUUAUCAAACAGCACAGCUGCUCGGUUUAAUUUUAGAAUUACUAACAUUUUGUGCAGAACGUCACACAGACUACAUUAAGAACUAUAUACUGAAGAAAGAUUUGCUGAGAAGAGUCUUGAUGUUGAUGAAUUCAAAGCAUACUUUUUUGACCUUGGGUGCUGUCCGCUUCAUGCGAAUGAUAAUUAGCCUUCAAGAUGAACUGUAUAAUUGUUACAUCAUCACAGGCAAUCUUUUUGAACCAAUUGUACAAGCUUUUCUGCUUAAUGGUUCCCGAUACAAUAUGUUAAAUUCAGCUAUUAUUGAACUGUUUGAACAUAUAAGAUUGGAAAAUAUCAAGAGUCUUAUUGUGCAUGUAGUAGAAAAAUUUUACAAUGACUUUGAAUCAAUUGACUAUGUCCAGACUUUCAGAGGACUGAAGAUAAAAUAUGAAGAAGAAAAAGAAAGACGAAGCCGAAUAAGGAAGAAUUUACGUAGUCGACUGUGCAGUCAAGUAUUUCUCGAACAAGCUAGAGAAAUAAAAGAGAAUGAAGAAUUGUUUCUUAAGGAAAAUACAACCGAAGCAGUUCUGUUACCAAUGGAAAACAGCUCUACAGAUCAUUGUGAUGAAACAGCAAAUGAAAAUGAAAAAGAAAGCAAAGACCUUCCCCAAACUGAUGACCUGAGAUUAUAUUUACCUACUUCCGUUGCAGAUAACGCUGAAAGGAGUAUCCCACAAAUGCACGAUAAUGUUUCAGUGGAAAAUGCAGAAGGUAAAGAAGAAAAGGAAGAAGGUGAAAUGUCACCCAGUAAAAUGCUUCAUCUUAGCUCGUAA